UUCUCCACCCCUCUGGUGUCCAGCGGCAACAUUUACCCCUCUCUCUCACACACACACACACACGUACCGUUUUAGAUCUUUUAUGGUGCGGGCUUGUGAGAAAAAGAUGAAGUUCUUGGUAGCGGUUACGAUUAUUGUCGGUUCGGUGUUUUUCUUACUGCUACCCAACGGCUCGCAGGCUGAUGAGAAGAAGAAAGGACCCAAAGUCACAGCCAAGGUAUACUUUGAUAUCCGGAUUGGAGAUGAGGACAUAGGACGUAUUGUCAUCGGACUGUUUGGAAAAACCGUCCCAAAGACCACGGACAAUUUCAUCGCCUUGGCUACAGGAGAGAAAGGGUUCGGUUACAAGGGAAGCAAGUUCCACCGUGUGAUUAAGGACUUCAUGAUCCAGGGAGGUGACUUCACCAGAGGAGAUGGAACUGGUGGAAAGAGUAUCUAUGGUGAUCGCUUCCCUGAUGAGAACUUCAAGCUGAAACACUAUGGUCCAGGAUGGCUGAGCAUGGCCAACGCCGGCAAAGACACCAACGGCUCCCAGUUCUUCAUUACCACCGUGCAGACUCCAUGGCUUGAUGGGAAACACGUCGUCUUUGGCAAGAUCUUGGAGGGCAUGGAUGUGGUGAGAAAGGUUGAGGGCACAAAAACAGAUGGCAGGGAUAAACCUCUAAAAGACGUCAUCAUCCACGAAUGUGGCAAGAUCGAGGUGGAAAAGCCUUUUGCUGUUGCAAAGGAGUAAAUCACCCUGAGGGGAGAAACAGGACUGUGGGGUUCUGGGGUUUUAGCAGGUGUGCUGGUCCACUAAUAUUUAAGUGGCCUACAUAUAUAUGUAUGUACGUGUGUGUGUGUGCGGAGCAUAAACCCAACCCACCUCACACUCUUACAUCUUUUGCGGUCCAUCUUGGGUCCAUUUCAAACAGGAAUUCCAUGCAGUCAGCCACUUUACACCUGUUUUUUUUUUAAACAAAUCUUCAAUAAAGGAUCCAGGUUUUGUUAAA